AUGCCUCGGGGGAGGCGCGGCGGCCGGGUGAGCGCCCUGGAGGGCGGCCCGGAGGAGGAAGCGCCCCCGGCGGCGGCCGCGGUGCCCUCGGCGCUGUGGGCGUCCCAGCUGCAGCCGGAGGCGGCGGCCGGGCAGAUCCUGCUGCGUGGCAUCUUCGAGAUCGAGAGGAGCAGCUGUGACGUGGUGCUGAGCGAGCAGGCCCUCAGGUGGCGGCCCAUCCAACCCGAGCGCCCCGCGGGUGACUCCAAGUAUGAUGUUCUAUGUAAAGAAGAAUUUAUUGAACUCAAGGACAUAUUCUCUGUCAAACUGAAACGGCGUUAUUCUGUUAAACAGCAGGGAAGUGGUACCUUAUUAGGUAUCACACUCUUCAUAUGUUUGAAAAAGAAACAAAAUAAAUUAAAAGAUUCUACGCUUGAUCUUAUUAAUUUAAGUGAAGACCACUGUGAUGUGUGGUUUAAACAAUUCAAGAAAAUUUUGGCUGGUUUUUCAAAUAGACCAAAGUCAUUAAAAAUAAUUCUUAACCCCCAAAGCCACAAAAAAGAAGCUACCCAGGUCUAUUAUGAGAAGGUUGAACCACUGUUGAGGACGGCAGGAAUAAAGACUGACGUAACAAUAACAGAAUAUGAAGGACAUGCUCUGUCACUCCUAAAGGAAUGUGAACUCCAGGAAUUUGAUGGUGUUGUCUGUGUUGGUGGAGAUGGAUCGGCCAGUGAAAUCGCCCAUGCUUUGCUUCUUAGAGCCCAGAAGAAUGCUGGGAAAGAAACGGACCUCAUCCUCACCCCUGUCCGUGCAGAGCUCCCUCUGGGUUUAAUACCAGCAGGCUCUACCAACGUACUGGCACAUUCUCUUCAUGGAAUCCCUCAUGUGGUAACUGCAACUUUGCACAUUAUAAUGGGACACAUACAACCUGUCGAUGUCUGCACCUUCAGCACCACUGGCAAAUUUCUUCGCUUUGGGUUCUCAGCCAUGUUUGGCUUUGGGGGAAGAACUUUGGCUCUGGCAGAAAAACAUCGAUGGAUGUCACCCAACCAACGAAGGGAUUUUGCUAUAAUUAAGGCACUGGCAAAACUUCAGCCUGAAGACUGUGAAAUAUCAUUUUUACCAUUUAUCAGCUCUCAGGAUUUACAAGAAAGGAAGGUGGAAGGAUCUCCCAAAUCUGUAAGUAAUGAUCAGUGGCAAACGAUCCAGGGUCAGAUCCUGAAUGUCAGCAUUAUGGCAAUUCCUUGCCUGUGUUCAGUGGCACCUCGAGGCUUGGCACCUAAUACCAGAUUAAAUAAUGGAAGCAUGGCUCUUAUAAUUGCACGAAAUACUUCUCGGCCAGAAUUUAUAAAACACCUGAAAAGAUAUGCCAGUGUUAAGAAUCAGUUCAAUUUUCCAUUUGUUGAGACUUACACUGUUGAAGAGGUUAAAGUUCGUCCGAGGACUAAUAGCGCACCCAAUCUAGAGGAGGAUGCUGGGAGGCAUGCAGCUGCUUCAGAAAACAAUUUCCCUUGGAAUGUAGAUGGUGAUUUAGUGGAAGUCGCAUCAGAGGUCCAUGUUAAAUUACACCCAAGACUUAUCAAUCUUUAUGGAGGAAGCAUGGAAGAAAUGAAUGAUUCUGAAGUUAACUGUAAUUGUUUAUAAAAGGAAUGUACAAAAUAGAAUUUUAAUGGGAGGGAAUAUGGUCAUUCUUUAAACAUAUCCUAAUAGGAAACAAAAUUCUUAUUUUUUAAAGAAAUUUGCUAUUUUGUUACUAAAAAUUAGCUUCUAGAGCUUAAAAAAAUUAGGCAAUAUAACCAUUUAUGGGUUUUGGAAAGCAUUGGAAUGGAAACUAUUUCAUAUACUUAAAACAUCUAAAUUCUUUUACUUUGGAGUUACUGAUUUUACAGGAUGAUUGUUUUAACUUUUCAGGAUUUGAGUCCAUCAGUCCUGACAUGAAAUUUCCUGUAGCCUGGUACACGUGGACUAGAGUUUAUGUAAGGAUGCCCUGAUGAGGUACUAAUCUAGAUUUCAAAUCUUUCCAACAUCUACAUUAUUUGCCAAAAAAGGAAAGAAAUUGUUAUGGUACCAAUUUUGUGACUAUUCCCUGAAAGUUGAAAACUGUUGAUUUUCUUUAAAGUGUUUUAAAAUUUGUAAGACAGAUGAAGUUUAUAGCAAAUUUUAAAUUACACAAAAUAUCACAAGGUCUAGGAGAUACAUUCUUUGUGCUUCUGAAAGUCCUGUUAUCCAACAAUUAUAACACAUUGGUUUCAAUGUACUCAGUAAUACCGAAAAUGCUAUCAUUUCAGAAAAGAGCCAAUUUCAAUUGCCUCAGGGAUCAUCCUCCACCACUGAUCCCAGAGGUUCUCCUGAAAGACUUACUUUGUUCUUUAGUAAUGAAAAAACAGAUCUUUUGCUUAUAUAAAGGGUACUUUUUAAAGCUUAAUUACUACCGGUAGACAGUGAGUUCAGGAGGUUUCCUGCUCUCAGCAUUCGAGGAGUGAAACCCAGUCACUUUCACAACCUUGUUCUGGGGCCAGCAAUUAUAUACUGAGGGAUUGUGAAGAGGUAACUUCUAGAAAUUUCAGCUGACAGAGACAGCUGGUGGCAGGGCUUCCUCUAAGGAGAUAUUUUCCCUAACAGCUAAAUUAGAGGGAAGUCUUACUACCUGAUCACUUCCAAUAACAGAUUUUCAAAAUUGCCUACAGCUUCCUUAUACAGAGGUUAUAAAGACAGAAUAAAUAAAUUCAGAUGAAAUUAUAAUCUUCAGCUAUCAGAAUCUAGGUCAUAUGCAUGAAUAACUAUUACAAAAAAUGAUUGUAUCUGCAAAUGAAAAGGCAAUAUUUCACUCGUCACUAAAACCUCUAUGAUGGAAAUUUUGAUGGCACAUUUUAUUCACUGAAAACAAGCAAAAUCGGUAAAGUUAGAUUUCUAAAUUUUCUCUAGUUCCAUGCAGAAGAGAAUGCUCUUAUAGACCUGAUAAAAACACAUUUAAUACAUAGUUUUGAAGAGAAAGAGUAACAUCUAAACAAGGAGGUGCAUUUGCUUAAUUUGAUAGUCAAUAUUUUACUCAGUAAUUUUUAUAUGAAAUACUGGCCUCUAAUCAGGCUCUUUGUAGAGUUUUGGUUUUAAGAGUCAUUAGUGAGGUACAGUUUCCAUAUUUUACAUAUAUCAGUGU